AUGCCAAAGUAUGUGAAGUUUUUAAAAGAAAUUCUAAGCAAUAAGAGGAAGUUAGAGGAUUUGGAAUUGGUGACCUUGAAUGCAGAAUGCUCAGUAGUGUUUCAGAGCAAGAUUCCAGUCAAACGACGCGAUCCAGGGAGUUUUACUAUACCUUGUUUGAAUGGGGAUAAAUUGAAAUUGCUAGCAUUAGCUGAUUUGGAAGCUAGCAUCAAUUUGAUGCCUAGUUCAUUGUUUGAGGAGUUAGGACUAAGCACUUCUAAGCUAACUCCUACCAGGAUUAGUAUACAACUAGUAGACAGAACUGUUAAGUACCUGACAGGGAUUAUAGAGGAUGUGCUAGUUAAAGUUAACAAAUUUAUAUUUCAUGUGGAUUUUGUUGUCAUGGAUAUGAAUGGUGAGAGUGAUGUCCCAUUGAUCCUAGGUAGACCAUUUUUAGCUACAUCUAAAGCUUUGACAGAUGUUAGUAGCGAAAAGUUGGAACUUAGGGUAGAUGAUGAGAGCAUUACAUUUGAUUUGACUAAAUCCUUGAGAUACACAUAUGAGCAUGAUGGUACUGUCUGUUCGAUUGAUUUUAUCAAUGAUAUUGUGGAAUCUCAAUUGCAGGAAAUAAUGAUUGAUGAUCCUUUGCAAGUGGCAAUGCAAGAAAAUGAGGAUAAUUUAUCCAAUGAACAAGUGUUAGAGCAACUAGAGCACUUAUUAGCUGCUGAUGUUAAUGAUGAAAAGACUGAUGGUUUUGUUGAUCUUGACAGGUCAGGAGAAGCCGAAGCCUUCUUUGGAGGAGCAGCCCGUUCUUGA